ACAUUCCUUGUCCCCAAUGUUGAUUUUGAACUUGUGAGCAGCUGCUGAGUGUGGCAUCCUUUACGCACUGGUAGAAGAACACCGGGAUCCAACUCAACAUGAGGUCGGUAAUGGCAUUUGUGUGGGAGAAGAUCAUGUUCGUGGACCACAACUUCGAGGACAUUGGAGCCGUGGUUGCAGACAAGAGAACCGACAAGUGGCUGCUGGUCUACUCUCCAGUCCAGAUGGGCACCAUUGUCACAAUGUACCUCGUCAUGGUGUGGGCGGGGCCACGGCUCAUGAGACACCGAGAACCCGUGGACCUCCGGAAGUUUCUCAUUCUCUAUAACAUGGCCAUGGUGGGCUUGUCGGUCUACAUGUUCCAUGAGUUCUUGACCACUUCAUGGCUUUCCAACUACAGCCUGCUCUGUCAGCCAGUAGACUUCAGCGAUAGACCGCUACCCAUGAGAAUGGCGCAGGUGUGCUGGUGGUUCUACUUGUCCAAAAUCAUCGAGCUCAGUGACACGCUCUUUUUCAUCCUGAGGAAGAAGAACAACCAGCUGACUUUCCUUCACGUCUUCCACCACACCACCAUGGUCUUAAACUGGCGGUUUGUGGUCAAGUACACAGCCGGCGGACAGUCUUUCUUCAUGGGCCUGCUCAACACUUUUGUCCACUCUGUGAUGUACGCCUACUACGGCCUGGCUGCUAUUGGCCCUCACAUGCAGAAGUACCUGUGGUGGAAGUCAUACCUCACCCUUCUGCAGCUGUUCCAGUUAGUGCUGGUUUUCAUCCACACAAGCCACAACCUUCUCAUCCGGUGCGACUUCCCGACCAUCAGCAAUCUGGUGAUGCUUGGUCACACCAGCAUCUUCAUCGUCCUCUUUAUUAACUUCUAUUAUCGCAGCUACCUCGACAAGAGGAAGCAGAAGUAAGACAGAAUCAUUUGUAAAGCCAUUGCUGGGAACGGAAAAAGAAUGAAUGAAGUCUCAUGUGUUCAUAUUCACCACUAUAGGGCUGAUGUUUUCUUUGAAAAUCAAGAAUCUGAACUGAUACAAUAUGAAAACAACAAAGAUUUGAUGACAUGUUUCACUCAGAUAUUUAUUACUUGAAUGGAGAAAAUGGCAAACAUUCAAAAGUGUUGUGUUUAUUGGUGCUUCUAAUACCUGUUUUAUUGUUUUUUUGCCUCCAAAAAUGAUUGUAAUUUCAAUACAUAUAAUUCGAUACACUCUUAUAACCAGUGUUGGGCACGUUACCGUAUUUUUCGGACUAUAAGUCGCACCUGAGCAUAAGUCGCACCAGCCAUAAAAUGCCCAACGAAGAGGAAAAAAACAUAUAAGUCGCAUUUUGGGGGGAAAUUUACUUGAUAAAUUCCAACACAUAGAACAGAUAUGUCAUCUUGAAAGGGCAAUUUAAAAUAAAAAUACAAUAGAGAACAACACGCUGAAUAAGUGUGCAGUAUGAUAUUGUUACAUGAUGAUUGAAAAACGAAAUGCGUAUGUGGCCUGUAUGUUAACGUAACAUAGCUAUUAAGUUAUGCCGAUAACUAUAGCAUAAAGAACAUGCUAACAAGUUUACCAAACCAUCAGUGGCACUUCAAAACACCAAAAUAAAUGUAAAUAAAAGUAAAAUGAUAUAAUAAUGUGUUAAUAAUUUCACACAUAAGUCGCUCCAGAGUAUAAGUCGCACCCCCAGCCAGACUAUGAAAAAACUGCGACUUAUAGUCCGAAAAAUACGGUACUUUAAAAAAGUAAUUAGUUAUAGUUACUCACUACUUCUUCCAAAAAGUAACUGAGUUAGUAACUGAAUUACUCUAUAGUAAAAGUAACUAGUUACCAGGGAAAGUAAUUAUUUCCGUUACUUUAAAAAGAAGUUGUUGUAUGUCAAAGAAUUUGAAAUUUUCUGAGCAGUAUUCGAGUCAGUUGAAUAGAGAUGAACAGACAGGUAGUUGUGUAAUAGAACCUUGUUAUAUUUAUUGCACCUCACCAGCAACAGAUUUAUCCUACACUUGAAGUGCAGCAAAAAUAAACAGUAAACAAUAUAGUAAAGUGAAUUCAACCCUUGAGAGUCGAAGGACGCGCCGGCGCGUCCUCAGCGCACGUCGUCUUUGAAGCACCCUCGCGUUUUAAUUACGUCACCCACAUGCCGUUGGUUGGUCUCGUUUUAAAGUGCGGAAGUUGCGGUUUACUCUCGUUGUUAUUUGAAGUCAAUCGACCAACUAAAACGUGAGAUAUUGUCAUUUAAGUUUUAUAGUUUUAUUGUCCUCUCAAAAAAACAUUAAAACGCUGCAUGGAUCAUUUGUUUAUGUCUAUAUUUCCAUCAUUUCUUGUCCUUUUUGAAAACGGAAGCUCCAUGAAAAAAACACAAAUCAAACGAACCCUUUCGAAGUCACAGUGGAAGCACAAAAUGCGUUUUUUUUUUUUUAUAAAUAUAACUGCCGUGCGAGGUUCCACCGAACGAGAGGCAGGAGUGUUCUGAAGCAGCGAGGGGGCGAGCGACGGCCGUUUGAAUCAAGCAAGCGAGCGAGCGACUUUGUGUGACUUUGAGGAUGAACGGAAAACUAAAUUUAGCGCAAGCAAUUGUGCUUUUUGAUCAACUUGAGGAAGAGGGUGGUCCAAAUUCGUCAUCAUCGUCUUCUUCGGAAGAGUCCUCGAGUGAAGAUAGUGACGGAUUUGAACACGUGGGUGACGCCAUCGACGAGCAGAGGUAAGCCAACUCGCUUUUUUUUUUUUUUUUUUAAUGCUGUAAAAGUUUCUUUUGAUAU